AACGAAGGCAAUGGAUAAUGGAUGCUGAUCUAGGGUUUAGAGCUUUGGCAUUGCUGGUUCUCUGCUAUAAAUCGUUUAUAAAUCCUAUUAAAUUGAUGAAAUUAACUAAUAAUAACAAUAAAAUAUACUUAAAAUCAUAAAUAAACUCUUCCAAUACAUACUCUAGUACUAUUUAAUACUACUUGCUUGCUAAAAUCGAUUGUAAGUUAGGUAUUGUUUCGUCAGCACAAUAUCUGUGAUGAAAUGCGAUCAGAUUCGACGUUCGGCCCAACCCUGCACGUUAUUUACCGCAUCUGACGCCAAUUACUGCAACUGGAAUGCAAAGUGUUGAAGAUGAUGAAUACCGAAUUAAGUCGAAAUCGUCAAUUGGAACAGACAAGUACAAUUUUUCGUUUGAAGGCUGUGGCCAGGAGCUAGGCUUAGAUGGCCGCCGCAGCUUAGAGAUGGCGGAAGAAGAGGAAUCCGCAACUAAGAUAGAGGAAGCGAGAACACCAUCAUCGCCCGAAAGAGGAGAAGUGGAGGAAGGAGAGGAAGAGGAGGAGGAGGACGAGAAGAGGCACAGGAAAAAGAGUACUGACAGCUCCGGUGGAGGCGAAGCAAAGGAUAGGAGUAAGAGAUCAUCUAAAGCCCGCAAAUCACGCGACGAUAUCCCGGUUUUGAAGCCGCUGGUUGAAUACAGUGACGUCAGCAGUGAGGAGUUGUCAUCUCCCCCAGAGGCGGGCGAGAUACCCGAGAGUGAGGCAGACGACGAUAGUGGAGAGGUACACGAGGAGGAGGAGGAUAGCGAUAGUAUGGCUAGGAGGAGUAGGAGAGGGAGGAAGCGAGGAGACGAGAGGAAGUCUAGGAAUAGGUUUAACACCUAUUUCUCGAAUUGCAGAUCAUCUAAAGCCCGCAAAUCACGCGACGAUAUCCCGGUUUUGAAGCCGCUGGUUGAAUACAGUGACGUCAGCAGUGAGGAGUUGUCAUCUCCCCCAGAGGCGGGCGAGAUACCCGAGAGUGAGGCAGACGACGAUAGUGGAGAGGUACACGAGGAGGAGGAGGAUAGCGAUAGUAUGGCUAGGAGGAGUAGGAGAGGGAGGAAGCGAGGAGACGAGAGGAAGUCUAGGAAUAGGAUCAUCUAA